AUGCCUUCGCAAGCUGCUGACUUGGAAGAGGCGUUGAAGAAGAAGGGAGGCCUKACACUGUCGCAACUCGCCAACUACGACGAUAUCAUCACCGAUGCGCUGGUCGAUCGGGUCUACUUUUGGUCCUCGAUUCGCAAACUCAAGCCAAACUACCACCCAUGCCGUGGCGURCUCGAGGCAGAUAUAUGCAAGACCCUACAGACAUAUGWCAUCAUUCACAAAGAUCCGAAUACCGCCCACGAAAAGCUGCUGCAGCUUCCCGGACUGGCCAAGUACCUGCGGAGUCUAAAGACCGAGGACGAGAAGGAGCAUUUCCGACGCCAUUUGCGAAAGUAUGUCAACAUGUACUUGGCCGACUGUCCGUUUGAGGUCGGAACGACGAAUCGCUACACCAUCACCACUGCCGAGGCUGCCAUAAUCGCUCGGAAACCCUUGCACAGGAACGAGUCAAUCAAGUACUUGACCGGCAUUCAAGUGGAGAUGACGGAGAGGGAAGAACAGGAGCUAUCAAAGAAUAACGACUUCAGCGUGGUCAUGUCAAGUCGCCGGAAGCGUCCAUCUCUGUUCCUAGGACCCGCACGCUUUGCCAAUCAUGACUGCGAUUCAAACGCCAAACUUACGACGACCGGACCGCAUGGAAUCCACAUUGUGGCUUGCAAGGAAAUCGCUCUGGGAGACGAGAUUACGGUUACAUAUGGAGAUGAUUAUUUCGGAGAGGGUAAUUGCGAAUGCUUAUGCGGGACGUGUGAACGAUUACAACGAAACGGCUGGGAUCCUCGAGGACCUAUUGUGCACGAUGACAGCAGUGACGAGGAGUCGGACGAAGAUGCGGAGGAAGGCGCGGAGAUCAAGGCUGCGCCCAUCGUACAGCGGGAAGUGAGGGCACACUCACCGAACAAGCGGAAACGAGAUGACGAGGUCGAUGAGGAUGGGAAUGAGUCAAAUGGUCGUCGGAGCAAAGCACAGCGGACGGGGAAGCUGACCGAUGCGGAACAACUGGAGAGAGACCGCCGUGGUCGGUUCAGUGGGAAAGCCGCAGCGAACGGUUCACAAGGGCGAUCACCUUCCCGGCCAUCUUUGAAGACCGAGGACAGCGAUGUAACUUUGAACAGGGUCUUGCAGCUUCUGGGAAUGGUUGCAGAUCGCCAAGAGCGACAGAAAAAGGAGCCCUCGGAAGACCUCCAACCCAAGUCAUCAGGGAGGCCGACAGCCACUUCCGGAAGCACCUCCACAGUUGUAGAUUAUGGCGAGAGACCCGCGGCCGAGCGCAAACCUGGAGCGCUGCCGUUCGUCACAAGGAAAGCCGUUGAUUCCCGCGAUGACGAGACGAGAAGCAAGCAUGCAUCGAUUGAGGACGCCGAGAACAAGUGCGAUGCGGCGCCGGCCAAGUCGAUACCCUCGCUCGGAAAACAGCGAAGUCGCUCCAACCUGCGAAAUGUCAUCAAUGCCAACGAGCCCGUGGAUCCUUACAGUAUGCCUGCAUCACCUGCUCCACAGGAAGAGACAACCAUCAAGAGAGGGCGCGGCCGCCCGCGGAAGUAUCCUCGUCCUGAGGACGAUUUAGCAGGGCCCAGCUCUCCGUCCACGAAUGGAACGGACGCCGCGUCAUGCGCCUCUUCAGCACCCUCGAGUGCCACAUCUAUGGAGACUWUCGCCGCCGGAACGAUAGCUCAAGGCAUAUGCGAAAUGUUGACUGAUGGGCCGGACUUGGGAGAGGCGAGUGUAAAGGUUACUGUCACAGCGGCAGAUGGGGGCAGGACUCGCACACGCGCUACUGCUGUGAAGGAGAACGAAGCACAUCUACUAUCUCCCGAGAAAGCGAAUCGUGGCGGGGACAUACUACGCAAAAGUCCGAGGUCUGGGGACGCCACUCCGAUCCGCAGUAUUGAAAAGAUGGAAGCUGCGGACGACUCAGAGGAAGAUGUUCGGCGAGGCGAAGCGCGUACACCUGGUGACUACACGCUCUGUAAGGCACUCCUCGCGACUACAUACCACCGGUGGGUAGAGUGUAGAAACUGCGACGAACACUUUGUGCAGGACGAGGCUUUCCUCACGCGAAUUGCUUGCCCGCGUUGUGAGCGCCAUAGCAAGCUGUAUGGUUACUACUGGCCAAAGACGGACAAGGAGAACAAAAAUGACAAGGAGGAGCGUGUACUUGAUCACCGUACGAUUCAUCGUUUCAUCGACCCGGAAGAGGAGCGCACUGAGAGAAAGGGACGCAGGACUCUCGCUGACGUUGUGCGGGAGAAGGAACUCAGCGAGAGGCUUGACAGCGAAGAAUCGGGAGAGUCGAUAGAGAGACGGCUAAGGCCGAGUCCAAGAGGAGGGAGGAGCGAGAGCCAUCGAAGAAAGCUGCGACAGACCAUGUGA